AUGCUCCGCCUCCGUAGCUCCAUCCUCGUCCAGGUCCUCUCCUCUUCCUCCGUUGCCUUCCCCAACAUUUCCUCUCUGCACCGCCUCCUCUCUGCCGCCGCCGCGCCCCGCAUUUCCCAAAACCCUAGCUUCGCCGUCGGGGACUACCUCGUCGACACAUGCGGCCUCACCCGAACCCAGGCCCUCAAGGCCUCCGCGAAGCUCUCCCACCUCAAGUGCCCCUCCAAGCCCGACGCUGCCCGCGCCUUCCUCGCCGGCCUCGGCCUUUCCAGUGCCGACAUCGCUGCCGCCGUCGUCAAGGAUCCGCUGCUGCUCUGCGCCGGCGUGGAGAAGACCCUUUCCCCAGUCGUCGAGGAGCUCACCGGCCUGGGGCUGUCGCUUCCAGACAUCGCACGCCUCCUGUCGCUCGCCGGCGACCGCUUCCGCUCUAGAUCCAUCGUCCCCAAAGUACAGCACUACCUGCCCCUCUUCGGCUCCCCCGAGAACCUCUUCCGGGCUCUCAAGAACAGCCCCUACCUUCUCAGACGCAGCAUGGAUAGGGUGGUCAUGCCCAAUGUCGCGUUCCUGCGGGAGUGUGGGCUAAGUGAUUCCGAUAUUACCAAGAUCUACAUUCGUCUCAGCAGGAUACUGACAACCAGCCCGGAGCGUGUCCGGACGAUGGUGGCAUGCGCCGAGGGUCUAGGCGUGCCCCGUGGCUCUGGGAUGUUCAGGCACGCGCUCCAGGCCGUCGGAUUUCUCGGGGAGGAGAAGCUCGCCGCCAAAGUGGAAUACUUGAAGAACACGUUCGGGUGGUCGGAUGUUGAGGUGAGCAUUGCUAUACGUAAGGCUCCAAUGGUGCUCAUAACCUCAAAGGAAUCACUGCGGCUCAAGUCAGAUUUCCUCCUCUCCGAGGUGGGGUUGGACCCAGCAUACAUUGCUCGUAUUCCAGCAAUGCUCCUUUACAGCCUGGAAGGCCGGACCAAACCCAGGCACUACGUUGUAAAGUUUCUCAAGGAAAAUGGAUUGCUACAUCGCAACUGGAGCCACAAUUCAAUUGUUGCGGUGAGCGACAAGGUAUUUGUGGAGACCUUCAUACGCCCUCACAAGGAAGCAGCACCGCACCUCGCUCAAGACUAUGCUUCUGCUUGCAGAGGGGAAGUGCCCGCUAGAUUGAUAUUUGCAUCAACAAAGACCCUUGCCUGCACUGGACAAUGUGGUAGGCUAGUCGACGCAUAA